UCUCUGGUUUUCUUGAAUAUAUAACUUCCAAGAUGGUGGAUCACAUAGCAUCCUCAAAGGGAAACAGCAGCAGCCUCGGCGGUGAAACAUCAAGUCCAGACUUUCUUAAGAAAGUGACCGGUCCUUUUACAAAGUCAAUAAUCCAGCUGGAUAAGCAUGUACUAGAAGCUUGGGCUGCUAAUGACCCGGAAUAUGCAAAUGUAACAACAAUACUUAAACUAAAUUGCAAGGGUGAGAACGAGACAAUGUUGGAGAGGUGUCCCUAUCUAUUUGCCUUUCUAGGCCCACAAGGAUCUGAUAUUGGAGACAAAUAUAUGGGGAUCUUACUACUAGCAUUGGCCUUGGGUAUGCUCUCAGGGUGUCUAUUAGGAAUGGUGAAAUCUCUGAAUUCUUUGCUGGGAACCAGAGUAAAAGGAUUUAUAGAACGAACAAUAAAUACAGAUAUUCCUAUUCGAGGCCUGGGUUGGUUGACCGGCUACAUGUACAUGUUUGUCGGAGCUGUAAUUACUGUACUUGUACAAUCCAGUUCAGUAUUUACCUCCACCCUAACACCCCUGGCAGGGGCGGGGCUCAUCAGCUUAGAGAGGGCGUACCCCCUCACCCUGGGAUCUAAUAUUGGAACAACGACGACAUCUCUCAUCGCCAGUAUCGCGGCAGGCGGGGAAAAUGUUGCUGAUGCGAUUCAGAUAGCAUUGGUUCACUUGAUGUUUAAUUUAAUUGGUAUAAUACUGUUCUAUCCAAUACCAGUUCUGAGAUGGCCGAUAUCUCUAGCCCGUACCCUUGGAGAUAAUACUGCACAGUACAGAUGGAUUUCUCUGGUUUAUCUGAUCGGGAUGUUUUUUCUCUUCCCCAUAAUAAUUUUUGCAAUCUCCCUGGCCGGGCCCCUCGCCAUGUACAUCAUCCUCCUUCCCAUCGCCAUCAUCAUCAUCCUCGCUAUCAUCAUCAACUUAGUUCAGAACCAUAAACCUUCAAUUCUCCCAGGAUUUCUAAAAAAUUGGGACUUUUUGCCACUUUUUCUGCAUUCCUUGGAGCCAUAUGACAAAAUUAUUACCAGAUUGUGUGGUUGGUGUAGAUGUUGUAAGCCUUCAACUGUAAGUCCUACAAGUAAUACUGGAGAAAAUGAAGAGGAAAAUACAGAGGAAGGAAAGAAGGGAGAAGAGAAGGAAGGGGGGAAGGAGAAAGAAGGCAAAAUGGAGAAGGAAGCUUCGACCAGUCUGAAAAAAAUGACCAAAGACAAUGAAGGGUUUGAAAAUUAUGAAGUUGUAUGAAACUUAAAAAAAUGGAAUUUAUAAAGUACAAAGAUUGUUGUGAUAGUUUGAGCCUGUACAAAUUUAUCAGUAUAUACCUAUCUAUAUACCCACUCGGAUAAUAGCGUUGGAGCUCUUAGUUAUGUAUUAGCAGUUAGCAUUUGUAUAACGAAAUUUUUGAUGUACACUGUACAUAAUUGUAAGUUGUUUGAAAAAAAUAUAAUUAUUUUACUUUUGA